CAGCAGGACGGCUGUGCAGCAGGAGAAACUAUUUCACAACUUGUGCAAGCAGACGUGUUCUACAGACACGUCUUUUUAUUAGUUCGAGCGUCGGUUUCGCCUGCUACACGGUUUUGGAGCGAGAAUAUUGCAACUUGGAUCGGUGUUCAGCGAUUGAAAAGCUUUGAGUGUGCUACAUAUUGGCACAAACGCGAAAAAAUCAUUUGUUCAACCCGUGGUUGAAACAUCUGCCCCCCAUCUGCAAAGCGCAUCUUCUCGUUUUAUAGAGUUGAAGGUUCGUGACAAUCAACUCUUAUCCAGUUGAGUGUCCAGAAAUCAACAUUUUUGCAAACAGUUUUGCAGACAAUACUACAAAUCCACGAUGGCCGCCCUUGCCGCUCCAGUCUCCUGUACUACAUGGCGAGAAUUUGAAGAGAAGCCGAGUGUUAAACAACGCAAUGUUAAAGUUCGACCAAGAUUUGGAGGAUUACCACAUGGUGGAUCCUCACCAGGUGCAGCCUCAGAGUGCAUUAUCCCAGAAAGAUUACACAUUCGAUCAGCUAUCCAACUCGAGCAGCGAAAUACAAGACGAUUCAAAUUGUCAGAUCAGUAUGGAGAAGUGUAUCAGUUUGGAACUCUUUUUGACCGAAAUGCCAACAAACGGUACGACAAGUUUUUCAGAUGAAUUGAACACGCCGUAUUUCGCAGAUACAAAUGAGGAGCUUAAUGUUAAUAAUAACAUAUACUAUUCACCGGGGCAUAAUCCAUUCAUUUUUGCCAAUGAUUACACGAAAAGUGAGGAAAGUCGAGCGGACAACAGCAACUUAAUAAACUGUGGUGAAAAUAGUGUAGUUCUAAGUGAUUUGCAAAACAGCGUGUUAUCGAGUGAUGAAAUUGCGGGUAUGGACGAUAUUAAUUUGGAAGAGUACGAUUUGCUCACGGAUUGCGAAGACCCAGAUUUAUGGAAGAAUGUUAAUUUAAAUAACGCCACCUAUCCAGUACCGCCGGUCAAAGAUGAACCUACAGAAAACAGCAACAGCAGCGUAGACUCUCAUCAUAACUACGCACUUCGUCUUGACCUGAGCAAUACAUCGAUUUUCGAACCAGUUUUACAAACACCAGACGUCAUCAACACUAUUUGCUCUUUCGAGAACGACUAUAAAUUCAAGAUACAAGCAGAAGAGGUAAAACCUUCAGCGAUAUUAGCCAAUCUCGAAAGUACAUCCAGCGUGGACCUAAGUGCAUUCUCUUGGCCUCUUCCCUCGACUUCCAAUAGCCAACCACCCAGUCCCGCCAAGAAUCGCGUUUCACGUAAACGCAAGUCUACGUAUAUUGAUGAAGACGACGGCGACGAAGAUUAUGUUCCUCCACUUAAACAUUCAAAUUAUUAUGAGUCAGAUGAGGAGUCCGAGGGUUCGCCUAAACCCGCGAAGAAACGCGGGCGACCAUCUAAAAGGGCCAGCGUCUCCUCGGACAACUCCGAACCCUCAAAGUACCGAGAAAUGCGCGACAAGAAUAACGAAGCUUCAAGGAAGUCGCGUCAGAAGCGUAGAGUGCAAGAGAUUCAUCACGAAGAAGAACUCAACGAUCUCUCUGACAGAAAUAUCAAACUGAAAGCACAAUGCUCUGAACUUGAAGCUACCGUUAGCAGAUUUAGAACUAAUAUUAUGCAGUUACUGCUGAAAAGGUAGAUGUCUUAGUUUGGUUUAGAUCAGAUGGUUUAUAUAUUAUCUUUUCAUCUUAUUUCAAUGCUGGUAUUUUAUAAAUACUGACACAUGUUUGUACUCUUAAUUAUAAUUACUUUUUUUGUUAUCGUUUCCAAUUUACGUAAGUUAACUAUAAUGUUACUGUAUUAAAUACAAAAUAUAAAUAAUCUAUUUUAUGAACUUAUAUA